UAUCCUAGUAUUACAGCCUAUGUUGGUAAUCUCAAGCCUGAGGAUGAGAAGUCUUUUGUAAGAGAUUUUGAGCCUAGGCCUAGUGUUACAGCCGAUGUUGGUAAUCUCAAGCCUAAGGAUGAGAAGUCUUUUGUGAGAGAGUUUGAGCCGAGACCUAGUAUUACAACUUAUGUUGGUAAUCUCAACCUGAGGAUGAGAAGUCUUUUGUGAGAGAUUUUGAACCUAGGCCUAGUGUUACUUCAUAUGUUGGUAAUCUAAAACCUAGAGAUAAGAAAUCUUUUUUGAAAGAUUUUGAGCCUAGGCCUAGUGUUACCUCUUACAUUGGUAAUCUUAAGCCUAAAGAUGAGAAGUCUUUUGUGAGAGAUUUUGAGUCUAGGCCUAGUGUUAUAUCUUAUGUUGAUAAUCUCAAGCUUGAGGAUGAGAAAUCCUUUGAGAGAGUUUUUGAGCCUAGACCUAGCGUUACAUCAUAUGUUGAUAAUCUCAAACCUGAAGAUGAGAAGUUUUUUGUGAGAGAUUUUAAAUCUAGACCUAGUGUUACAUCUUAUAUUAAUAAUCUAAAGCCCGAAGAUGAUGUAACUUCCAAGAAGGAGAAAUCUUAUGAUGGAGACUUUGAACCAAAAUCUAAUGCAUUUGGGGCCAAGGAAGAUGAGUGAAGAUGAAUCCUCUGUAUGAAGUUUAUGUUGUUAUGUGUGUGCUCUUAUGUCACCUAUCGCUAAUGUAUUAUGGUGCAUAAGAUUAUGGUUUUCGAAUAAUGUUUAGUCAUGUACGAUAUUUAAUAUGAAUAGAAGUAAAAAGCUGUCGGUUAUGUUCUGUUAUAUUUAAAUCGUAUGUUAUCAUUAAAUUAAUGAUCAUGCCAAUGUAUGAGGUCGUUAGUAGUAAUUUAAUUUGACAAAUCGACAGGUGAAAGUAUAGAACAUAAUAUGCAGCUAUGCCUCCACAUAGGCAUGGACUCCACGUGUAUGCUCAUGGAGUCCUUAAAUACAGCCCUUUUCCCUUCAUCUUCCUCAACAAAACCACUCCAAAACCAAAAAUGGCAGAACUAAAAGCAAGCAUCGCCGCCGACGCCAAAUUAGAGAUGUGGAGCUACGCCUUGGGCUUCACUCCCAUGGCCCUUGUCAAAUGCGCCAUCGAUCUCCAAAUCGCCGACGUCAUCGACUCCCACGGCGGCUCCAUGACGCUCCCCGCCCUCUCCGCCGCCCUCGCCUGCUCCCCGCCGGUCCUCCGCCGCAUCAUGCGCUACCUCGUCCACCGCCGCAUCUUCUCCCACACCGCCUCCUCAUACUCGCAGACGCCUCUCUCGCAUCUGCUGAUGAGAGGCGCCGCUGACAGCAUGGCGGCGGUCGUCCUUCUGGAGAGCACGCCGACGAUGCUGGCGCCGUGGCAGCGCCUCAGUCUGCGUGCUCGCCAGGCGGACGGAUCGCCGUUCGAGGACGAGCACGGACGCGACAUCUGGAGCUUCGCCAAUGCGAAUCCGGAGCACAGCAAGCUGAUCGAUGAUGCCAUGAGCUGCAUUGCCAUCGCGUCCGCGGACGCGGUGGCGGAUCAGUACCCGGAGGCUUUUGAUGGGAUUUCGUCGCUGGUGGAUGUUGGUGGCGGCGACGGGACUGCCCUCCGGAUUCUGGUAAAGGCUUUUCCUUGGAUCCAAGGGAUCAGCUUCGAUCUACCUCACGUGGCUAGCGCUGCGCCGCCUUGCGACGGAGUGAAGCAUGUUGCCGGAGACAUGUUUCAAGCUGUUCCCAAUGCUGAUGCAGCUUUUCUCAUGUCGGUAUUGCACGAUUGGAACGACGAGGAAUGCAUAGCAAUAUUGAGAAAAUGCAAGGAGGCAAUUAAAGAGAAAGUGAUGAUCGUGGAGGCGGUGAUCGGGGAAGAGGAAGAGGAAGAGGAAGAGGAAGAGGAUAAGUACAGCGAUGUACGGCUAGCGUUAGACAUGGUGAUGUUGGCUCAUACCUCCGGGAAAGAGAGGACUUUGAAGGAGUGGGAAUUUGUAGUGAAAGAGGCUGGCUUCAGUAGGUUUACGGUCAAACAUAUCAAGGCCAUUCCAGCAGUUAUUGAAGCAUAUCCUUGACCAUCACUACUUCUAUAUAACCUUGUGGAUGCAGCCCCUCCGACCGGCUAAUUACUUCAUAAAAUGCCAUGUUCUCCCCCUCCUUUUGCUGCCGCCGCCGCAGCCGCCUCGAAGAUGGAUAUGACUGGGGUCACAGUGGGCUAUUCCCAGGACCGUAUCGGUCAUGCAGAGGCGGAGGACAAGACUUACUACAGUUGUAUGAGAGGAGAAGAAGAUCUGUUUUGUAUUUUAGUCGUUGGGCUGGAAAUGUUCUGUAAAGGGAUUGGGCCUAUAUUCCAUUAGCCUAUAUAAUAGUAUAGGUCUAUCCA